ACUUUGGAACACAACAUGCUACCUCAAGGCUCCACUGGCCCACACAGCUGGCACUGAGGCUGGGAGGCAGCCACAGACAGAUGAGCGUCCAUGCCUCUCUGAGAGGGGAAUGACCUACUGAGUCGUGAGGAGCAGCAGGUCAACAACGCAGGCCUGCCCCAGCCCGCCGAUGAGCGGCCCAUGCCCUCUGCCCACCCGGCCUGCCCAGGUCCCCGCCAUGCUUAUCACCGUGUAUUGCGUGCGGAGGGACCUCUCAGAAGUCACCUUCUCCCUCCAGGUCAGCCCUGACUUUGAGCUCCAAAACUUCAAGGUCCUCUGCGAGGUGGAGUCCAGAGUCCCCGCCGAAGAGAUCCAGAUCAUCCACAUGGAGCGACUCCUCAUCGACGACCACUGUUCCCUGGGCUCCUACGGACUCAAAGACGGCGAUGUGGUGGUUUUACUACAGAGGGACAAUGCGGGACCCCGGGCUCCAGGGCGCGCCCCGAACCAGCCUCGUGUAGACUUCAGCUGCAUUGCAGUACCCGGGACGUCCAGCUCCCGGCCGCAGCACCCGGGACAGCAGCAGCAGCGCGCACCCUCUGCCCAGCGGACGCACGGGCUGGCCUCGGGAGAGAAGGUGGCCGGCCUGCAAGGCCUGGGCAGCCCCGCCCUGAUCCGCAGCAUGCUGCUCUCCAACCCGCAUGAUCUGUCCCUGCUCAAGGAACGCAAUCCCAGCCUGGCAGAAGCCCUGCUCAGCGGAAGCCUUGAGACCUUUUCUCAGGUGCUGACGGAGCAGCAAAGAGAAAUGGCCUUGAGAGAGCGAGAGAGGCUUCGUCUCUACAUGGCCGACCCACUGGAUCGGGAAGCUCAGGCCAAAAUAGAAGAGGAAAUCCGGCAGCAGAACAUUGAAGAAAACAUGAAUAUAGCGAUGGAAGAGGCCCCCGAGAGUUUCGGACAAGUGACGAUGCUCUACAUUAACUGCAAAGUGAAUGGGCAUCCUUUGAAGGCAUUUGUUGACUCGGGUGCCCAAAUGACCAUUAUGAGCCAGGCUUGUGCCGAGCGCUGUAACAUCAUGAGGCUGGUGGACCGACGGUGGGCUGGGGUUGCUAAAGGAGUGGGCACACAGAUAAUUAUUGGCCGUGUUCAUCUAGCUCAGAUUCAAAUUGAAGGUGAUUUCUUACAGUGCUCUUUCUCCAUACUUGAGGAUCAACCCAUGGAUAUACUUCUAGGCCUAGAUAUGCUCCGCAGACAUCAAUGUUCUAUCGAUUUGAAGAAAAAUGUGCUGGUCAUCGGCACCACUGGCACGCAGACCUACUUUCUUCCUGAGGGAGAGUUGCCCUUAUUCACUAGGAUGGUAAAUGAGCAAGAUGAGUCCUCAGACAAGGAAAUUACAGACUCGGUCAAGGAUUCAGGACACAAAGAGCAUUAAAGCACGUUAUAAAUAUGUCACCACCUUAAGGAAGUUUCAAGUCCCUGGAAAUUAUACGAUGGGAGCUCACUAGCAAUGUAAUCAUUAAAAAAAAAAAAAUCAGUAACAACUAAAUCUGGCCUUGGGACUACAUUCUCAGAUAGGUAACUCCGUCAAUCCUGAUUCCUUGGUAUUGGUCCCUCUUCCAUUUCCCUUGUCCAGAGAUCACUGAAAGGCAUCCUGGGAAGGCUGUGGAGGCUCCAGCGGCUUUCCAGAUAAUCCAUGAAAAAGAAAAUCAGCUUCUUCUUUUGGAGACAUUAUUCUAUCAGAUUACAGGUGGCUUAUCCAAACCAGUUGCUAUUUUGCAGAAUUCCCUGGAAAAAUGCCAUGGCUACAGACCUUACAAGGCAUCCACAUAAAACUAUGUCACAUCAGCACUAACAAUUCUUUAUAUGCAGAGAAAUAUGCCUAUUUUCAUAGGUUUUGUUUUCUUUGGGAAAGGCACUAGAAUUAGUGGGUCAAUUACAUUCUCAUGUUAACUAAUACUUAUAAAUGUCUGUUUGGGGCAGCAUAAAGGCCCAUUUCCUCAUAUUUACAGCUUCCCUUCCCCUGGAUCUCCUGCAGUCACACUGCAGUCCACAGCUAAAGGCUAUUUUUGCCAUAUUUGAGAAAGUGGAUUUUUCUCCAAGGAUGUUACAUUAAUUUUCUAUUUCCCCUGCAUUCAAAGAAACUCUGGCUAUAAAAUAAAGGCAAUAAAUUAGAUUUU